CGAAAGGGUCAUCGAUUUACAGCUGUGAGGUGUUUGGUGCGACGGCGGCUUCAAUUUGGAGCUUUAUGCGACUCCAAAGUUAAAUGGGCCCAAUUUUAAAGCAACUCUACUGCAAUCAGUGUGCCACAGGAUGAUUAAAUUGCAGCCUGAUUUUGCUCGGCCGUAUUUUAAUUUUCGUUGCGGUGAGGUGCUUUGCGUUAGCCCCACAAACUACGAUGUGUGCUGUGCGCUGUGUGGCCAGCGGGUGCCAUAUGCAGGAUUUCCUCAGCACUUUCGCCGGAUUCAUCUGACGGAGAUAGAAAAGGAGACUGAAGACUGCAAGUUGUUCACUGAACAGGCAGAAGAACAGCAUCUGGAUGCGCCGGUGGAGUUCGAGCCGUUAAUCAUUAAGUCCGAGGAUGAUCCAAUUGCACAUGACGAGCUUCAUGAGUCUAAUGAGCAUAUACAUGUUGAUUUGGCACAGAUAGCUCUACUUGACCGGGAGCACGAGACUGACAAAGAUGCAGAUGUUACUGCUGCAUUUGAAGAUUUGGAUGACACUAGCACAAUUGAAGCCCGGCGCUGGCGACGGGAAGCAGCACUAAAGAAUAUAGUAGAGCUGCAAACGCAGACCUCAGAAAAUGAAACAGUUAUGAACGGACAUCUAGAUGCCCGCCUUGUAGUCAGUGAGGAGUCUGCUUCUGAUAACAAUGAUGAGAAGGACAACACAAGGGACAUGCUCUUUCAGUGUGAUCAAUGUGACCGCGCCUACAACACCAAGCGAAGUCUUCAGAGCCACAAGCGCGGCAAACACAAUGUUCGCAAGCCAGCAAAACUUCACAGGAUUGCAGGAGAGCCAACAAAAAUAGCACCAGCUACAGCGGGCAACGUUCGCAGGGCAACACGGAAGGGCCCCGCCAAGAUCUACAAAUGCGAUGAGAUUGAGUGCAAUCAGACUUUUCGUACGGAGCGCGAUUUGCGUGGUCAUCGAUGGAAGCACACGGGCAUAUUCUGCGACAUCUGUGGCAAGCCGUUCACUCAGUCCGGCAACAUGAUGCGCCAUCGCCAGCGACACAGCGGCAUCAAACCGUACAAAUGCCAGGAGCCAGACUGCGGGGCAACCUUCUAUACGCAAAAGGAGCUGACGUCGCACAACAUUUGCCAUACCGGUCGCAUGCCCUGUAUAUGUGAGGUGUGCGGCCGUCCCUGUCGGGAUCGCGGCGUACUCACUGCCCAUAUGCGGCGUCAUACCGGCGAACGACCCGCUAAGUGUGAGGUAUGUGGCAAGGCCUUCUAUAGCUUUCACGACCUCAACGUUCACGCAGUCUCCCACACGAAUCUGCGACCUUUCAUUUGUGAUGUCUGCGGCUCUACGUUUCAGCGUAAAAAAGCGCUUCGCGUUCACAAGAUGCUGCACUCCGAGCAGCGAAAAUAUUCAUGUCAGCUAUGCGACAAAACGUUCGCUCAAUCAGGCGGUCUUAAUGCUCACAUACGUACCCACGAGUCCGCCCGGGCCAGGGCGAGAGCAAAUGCCAAAGCAACUACGAAGUCGACCGUGGAGCCAGCAACGCCAAUCGAAGUCGAGGGCGUAAAUACGAAGAAACUGCUGGAGGAGUCUGUCACAAUUGAGCUGAUCCAGGAGCAGCAUGUAAAAGUUGUUGCCGUUGCGGCUGCGGGCAGCUGGCAUGUAACAUAGUUUUCCGCUGUGUAUAGCAUAAUCACAUUAACCUCAAGUGGGGCUUGCAAUGUAAAUAUCAAAUCGGAAAUGCAAAUGUAUCAUAUAAAUCUA